AUGUGGGCGGCGUCGUGCCUGGCCUCGUGCUGCGCGGCCUGCGCGUGCGAGGCUUGCCGGUCGGUGGUGGGCGGGAUCAGCCGGCGCUCCGCGAGGAUCGCUUACUGCGGCCUCUUCGCUCUCUCGCUCAUUGUUUCCUGGGUCUUCCGCGAGGUCGCCGCCCCUCUUAUGGAGAAGAUUCCAUGUGGGUGUCCUCCCGGAAACGGGAGUAAUAGAGGAUUGACAGGGAAAGAUUUCUUGAUUUAAGUUGAUCCUUCCGUUCUGAUGCGUGGUUUUCUUUUUUCUUUGGGGUUUGGCGUCGUUGAUUGCGCAGGGAUUAAUCAUUUCCGUCAGACGCCCGAUCGUGAGUGGUUUGAGACAGACGCAGUCCUGCGUGUUAGCCUGGGGAAUUUCCUGUUCUUCACCAUCCUUGCGGCGAUAAUGGUGGGGAUCAAAGACCAGAAGGACCCGCGUGACAGGAUUCACCAUGGGGGUUGGACGGCGAAGAUCGUCUGCUGGUGCUUCUUGGUGUUCCUGAUGUUCUUUGUUCCAAAUGGCGUCGUGAGCUUCUAUGGUGGGUCAUCUCCCGCCCCCUCUUCUCCCUACUUAUUGUGUGCAAUUAUUUGCAUGGUUCCACAAACGCAGAUGGGGUAAAAUGCGUAUGGUAUGUGGAAGAUUGUGCUUUUACCAGGGUGGCCUAUGGAUUAGAAGCAACUAGCUUGGUUUCUCGGAUUCCCUUGCCAGAACUAACCUAAGCAAUGUAACUAGGCGAUUAUGUUGUGUUAGACCCUUUUGUUUUCUUACAGUCUUCAUCAUCCUUGUGAAGAACUUUUUUCCUCCAAAAGGUGUUAUAUUGUGUUUAUGGUAGACUGAAAUAGUAUGCCGAGCAGUAGAUUUUCUUCUUUAAGCUCAAUGUUCUAAAGUUCAUUUUUUGUGUGUGUUAAUAUUUGGUUUUACAUAUGAAACCUAAUGACAUAAAAAGGCUACCAAUAAUUAAGAUAGUGAUUCGAUUCUACUCGUGCCCGAGGUUUCACUUUGCUUUUCCCCCAAAUAAAAGCUGAAUCCAGCUGCUGGGUAGAUCAAGGAACAAAUAUGAUCGUAUUUUUUUUUAUUUUUUGUUGUUUAUUUGGUCAGCUUCGUCAUUUGAAUCUGAGAAGGUAGCCAGUGCUGCUUACCUUUCCUUUAGUCGCUUUUUUAUUUUUUCCAUUCGCAAUGAACCCAGCCUUCCAUUGGAUUCCUUUUAAGCAUCUCAACCCACAUCUUCUUUGGAAAACUUAACCCUAUUAGCUUUCAGAUCGAUCUUAUACGAAAUCCCCUACUGCGACUUCAUAAAAAGCAAUCACUGGUUUUUUUGUAUCCACGUCAAGUUCAACCAGAGCCUGCGACCGGAGGUUCCUGCAGAUCCUUCAGUGGGGGACGUGCAUGGCAUAUCUCCUUUGCCAAAUUGGUCACCAUAUCCCAUCUUCCUGUUUGGAUAGGUAGCUUGGCCUCGACAUCUGGGCACCACUUACCCGCCAUGACCUACCUUCCUUCCUGCCUCACUUGCUCCGCGUGAUGUCUGUCUGUGCGGCGAUUUUAUUGGUUCCACAGGGUUGAAGCUUAUCUUCCUCUGCAUUGAAACCGUCGAUACCUGAUGAAGACGUUAGCGCCAUGUGAAUCAACUUGGGUUCAUGUCAUUGUUGCUCAUCUCUCUGUGUGUUUUUUCUCUUGGUUGAUUUCGGUUUCUCAUCAUUGGUGGUAAUGUUCUUGAACUCCUGUCCACCAAAAGCUGUGGCCUUUGGUAACAUUCUUGAACUCCCCCUUCUUUCUCUCCCUCAGUCAUCCCUUCUACCCUAAUCACAUCUCACGCUUCCCCUUCUAUCUACCUCACCACAACAACCUAGUGGCAUCUGUUGAGUGGAGCUUGCAGUGGGAAUAUAGAUAGAGGAGGGGGGGAAGGGCGGCUUGCUGGUUAUUUUUGGUAAUAUCCACUUUAACUUUGAUGGGGAACCCAUCAUUUUUGUAAAAGCUCUCCUCUUGAUUUAUUUUUUAAAAUUAUUAUGGUUAAUUCCUUACUUUGUUGGUUCUGGAGGCAAUUAUUAGCGUUCAAGAGAGAUCUUUCUCCGUAUUACUGAUGCAACUCUCCGACUGCAGAGGGAAUCUCAAAGUUCGGAUCAGGGCUGUUCCUCCUUGUCCAAGUUGUCCUCUUGCUGGAUUUUGUUCACGGGUGGAACGAUAACUGGGUGAACAAAGAUGAGCAAUUCUGGUUUGUCCCCCCCCCCCAAACCCUGUGCUACCUCUGCGCAUCCUUCUGACAACCUCUUCUUUUUUUUCUCUCUCUCGUCUCAGAUUAUUUGCGUAUGCAGGAGUUAUAACGUUUCUGUCUUGGUUAAUUGGAAGAAACUGCGCUUAUUUUAAUAUUUUUCAUUGUAAUAUUUUCCAUAAAAAUGCAUGUUUUGUGAAUAUUUCAUUUUCUUUUUUUUUGCGGAAAAAUGUGGAAACCAGAGAGCUUCUCGUGCAUCCAUCGUGUGCUGUAAACGGAGCUCCCUUGUUCAUCUCUUCACCGCAGGUACCUGGCGUUGCUGAUCGUGUCCCUGGUCUGCUACGUGGCGACGUUCUCCUUCUCUGGACUGCUCUUCCACUGGUUCACUCCCUCGGGGCAUGACUGCAGCCUCAACAUGUUCUUCAUCGUCUUGACCCUGAUCCUCGUGGUUGUCUUCGCCAUCGUCGCUCUCCACCCCAAGGUAGAAAUGAUGCACAUCCCCACUGCUGCUGCCGCCUGCUCGUCGUUAGUGAUCUGUGUGGAUGAAUCCAUUACUUAUUUUAGCUGCCGAACCGGCGACAACUGAUGCCGAUGGAAAUUCAUGUGUGCCCAGUUGCUUAAUUUUAUUUAAAAAUAUAUUUUACCAUAAUCUACCCUUUACUCAAUAAGUAAUGGUGAACUAACUAGUGGGCCCGCCUCUCUCUGCCCACAGGUCAACGGGAGCCUGCUGCCGGCGUCAGUGAUCUCUGUUUACUGCACCUACCUGUGCUACAGCGGGCUCUCGAGCGAGCCAAGGGAGUACGAGUGCAACGGGCUCCACCACCAUGCCAAGGCCGUUUCCACCGGCAGCAUGACCCUGGGCUUGUUGACCACCGUCCUCUCGGUCGUCUACUCGGCGGUCCGCGCCGGCUCCUCCACCACCCUCCUCUCCCCUCCCAGCUCCCCCCGCGCAGGUACUCACUCACUCGGUCAACUCUUCUCUCUUUAGGGAUUCUUCUUCUUCGUCCUCCUGCAAUGUGGGAUGGGGCGGUUGACUUUGACUUUCUGUGAGUAGGGUCGUCGCAGAAGAAGCCGCUACUGACGUUUGACAAGGUGGAGGCGCAGGAAGAGGAGGACAGGAAGAAGGAGGGAGGGAGGGCGGUCAGCUACUCCUACUCCUUCUUCCACCUCAUCUUCUCCCUGGCGAGCAUGUACUCAGCCAUGCUGUUGACCGGGUGGUCAACCUCCGUGGGCAGCGAGAGUGGGAAGCUGGUGGACGUGGGGUGGCCCUCCGUGUGGGUCCGCAUCGUCACCAGCUGGGCCACGGCGGCGCUCUACAUGUGGUCCCUCGUGGCCCCCGUCCUCUUCCCAGAGAGGGAGUUCUGA